UAAUAUGAAAGUUUUAUCCUCAAAAUAAACAGUCUGACAAACAGUGUCCAUCUUGACUGUGUUUGAGCACUAAGCAUCACCGAUGUCCACCUCCUCUCAUCUUGCCGGAGUCUUACGCUGACAGCUCUGAACAUGAACCACCUGCCGAGUACCUUGAUCCGGGAUGGUGAUGCGGUACGUCUCUGCAACGAUGUGGGCAGAACAGUCUCUGAAUUUCAUUAUCUGGUCAACACGAGUCCCAUUUUAUCCAGACCAGCUCCUCAGGAGUAGGAUCAAGUCCAAGCUGGGCCAGCAUGGCUCCUCUCCUGGCUGUCUUUCCUCACCCCUGAGAGAUCACCGGACCAGCCGUGGUGCCUGGUCCUGUUGUUUGGGCCCGGUGGAUCGUGUACUGCUGCUCUUUAAUCCAAAAAAGAAAUUCCUGCCUUCAUCUUGCAAUGACUGUAUUUAUGUCAGAGGGGGGCUGACAUCUCUGACAACAUGUCAACAAGGCCGAUCCAGAUACCACCAGAGAAGGACAAUCGUUGCUUGUGAGAGCCUGUCAGUCUUUGACCCACAGUCUGCUCCUCUGGCUCCGCUGAAGAGAAGAUUUAUGUUUAAAAGCUUUAGUCUGCUGCACCUGGCCCUUGGGCUGAAUCCCUGGCAGGUUUUAGUGUUGGAGCACAGCUGUGAGGGGCUUUUCUUGGCCUGCGAAGACAAGGCCAGGCAGAAUAGCCAGAUUUCCCCUAGUUCAUCCUUCAGCAGCUCGCCAACCAGCAGCAGGAUGAGAAAUGCUUGACAAUAAUUGCUGAAUCCAGGCGAACCUGGGAGUAAAAGGCGAGCAGUAACGGCUUAACCUGCAUGCAGUUCACACGGCAUCAGAACAAUCUAAUCAAUCCCAGACUGCAAUUAACAGGCUUUCUUUGUUUGGUGAACAAAGAAAGGGUUUCUAGGUGUAUGUCUAGAGAGUAGAGGUAUACAGAGACGUCAUUACCUGUAUCUGUUCGACCAACACAAUU